GGUGCUGGUGGUGGUCAUGCUCCAGAUAUCAUUAAAGUAUGUGGUGUAAAACAUAUCCUGCCAUCAUCUACGAACCCCACACGGCCUUUUACUUUCAACACUAUAGAUGAGCAUCUUGACAUGCAGAUGGUCUGCCAUCACCUCGAAAAAGAUAUUCCAGAAGACGUUGCAUUUGCUGAAUCAAGGAUAAGGGCUGAAACAAUUGCUGUAGAGGAUAUUUUGCAUGAUAUGGGGGCAAUUAGCAUCAUUGCUUCCGAUGCACAAGCUAUGGGUCGCAUUGGAGAGAUGUUUAGAUAUGACAGAAUUAAUUGUCUUCGUAUCUGAAGAGGUCUUGCAAAAUCUUUUGUUACCGGGUGAUUAGCAGAACAUGGCAAACUGCCCACAAGAUGAAGUUACAAAGAGGGUCGAUUGACCUUAGUGGACCAGACAAUGACAAUCUUCGUAUCAAGCGUUCCAUUGCUAAAUACACAAUAAAUCUUGCCAUAGCUAAUGGGUUUUCUGAAUAUGUUGUCUCAGUUGAGGUGGGAAAGUUGGCCGAUCUUGUUCUUUGGAAGCCAUCCUUCUUUGGUGCAGAACCAGAAAUGAUAGUAAAAGGUGGUGCAGUUGCGUGAGCUAAUAUGGGCGAUCCAAACGCAAGCAUUCCCACACCUGAACUGGUGAUGAUGGGGCCCAUGUUUGGAGCAUUUGGCAAGGCUGGAAGUGCUCACUCCAUUGCUUUUGUCAGCAAGGCAGCUUUGAAUAAUGGAGCUAAAGCCGCAUACAGACUAAACAAGAGAGUAGAAGCUGUGAGCAAGGUUAGGCAGCUAACCAAAGCUGACAUGAAACUCAACAAUGCUCUUCCAAACAUCACGGUGGAACCAGAGACAUACACGGUCACAACCGAUGGCAUGUGCAUAAAGGGCUUGGUCCCGAUUGAUCCGAGUAAUCCGACUUACCCAACCCGUCAAAAACGGGUUCAUCGGGUAACAAUAAGAUAUCGGGUUUAGUUAGAUGCCAGCCCAUCCAACCCGUAUAAACCGAUAAUUUCCUCUGCUUCGUUCUUAUUGCCCUUCUCCUCUGCUACUAGAAGCCAAGAAUCUUCACCGUACACAACCAUCCUCUGCAAUAUUUGCUUCCACUGUAACUUGCUCUUCCAGAGACCUUGCUUAUAUUCCGAAACUCCUGCCCUUUAGCCUAUCUAAGUUCCAGCCCUAUCAAGUAUUCUUCUAUCUCUCAAGCUGUAAUAUGUUUCUGAGUUUUAUAAGGUUUUCAAUAUAUAUAUUUUUUUUUUUGCUUUUUGUAGAUUUGAAUGAAGGUUUUUUAUUUCUUGGUUUUGUGUUUGACCCAUGUGAAAGUGUUUGUUUAUUUGGUUGGUUUCUUCUUUAUUUAUUUUUGGACGUUGGUUAUUUUGGGUAGUCAUUUCCAUGGCUUUUGGUUCUUCUUUCAAAUUAUUGUUCGACUCUAGAAGGAGAUGAUUCUUAUAGCUGUUGGAGGGCGUAUUUCGAACUCAAA